GGGGAGAGGCGGACGGGUUGGGACCGCCUUCAGUACUGGCCGCCGGCAGUAUCAUGGCGACCCGGAACGCCCCUCCCCAAGAAUAUGAAAGUGAUGAUGACUCUUAGGAAGUGUUGGAUUUAACUGAGUAUGCAAGAAGACACCACUGGUGGAAUCGAGUGUUUGGCCACAGUUCCAGACCUAUGGUAGAAAAAUACUCAGUAGCCACCCAGAUUGUAAUGGGUGGAGUGAGUGGCUGGUGUGCGGGAUUUUUGUUCCAGAAAGUUGGAAAACUUGCAGCAACUGCAGUAGGUGGUGGCUUUCUUCUCCUUCAGAUUGCCAGUCACAGUGGCUAUGUGCAGAUCGACUGGAAGAGAGUUGAAAAAGAUGUAAACAAAGCAAAAAGACAGAUUAAGAAACGAGCAAAUAAGGCAGCACCUGAAAUCAACAAUAUAAUAGAAGAAGCAACAGAAUUUGUCAAACAGAACAUUGUGAUAUCCAGUGGAUUUGUGGGAGGCUUUUUGCUAGGCCUUGCAUCUUAAGGAUAUGAAGGUUCUAUCACAGUGGAGUCACCUCUGAGAAGAGACAUGGUGGUGACAAGAUGGUCUCAGCAUUACCCAUUGACAGAUUCUCCAGGAUGACAAGAAACAACUAGCUGGAUAGUACCAAACUCACUGCUUAGCAUUUUGCCAUCUGAAAUUUGGCAGAUUACUAUCUGCUAUAAAACAAUCUAUAUGGUCUGUGUAUAAUAG